AUGCGAAAGUUGGAAUGGGACGACAUGGGAGUGAAGGUUGAUGGUCGGCAGCUACACCAUUUGCGCUUUGCUGAUGACAUCGUACUGGUAACACCUAGCAUCAGCCAAGCGGAACGAAUGCUGACCGAAUUUGAUAAAAUAUGUGGAUGCAUCGGUCUUCAGCUGAAUCUACAAAAGACGAUGUUCAUGCGGAACGGAUGGGUCUCGGGUGCCCCAUUCACGCUCAACGGAACGAACAUAUCCGAAUGCACUAGCUACGUUUAUCUGGAUCGGGAACUAAACAUGAUGAACGACCUGACCCCCGAGCUGAGCAGGAGGAGACGAGCGGCUUGGGGAGCGUAUAAGAGCAUCGAGGAUGUAGUGAGGAAGACCAGGAACAACCUGCUCAGCUCUUCAACACUACCGUACUUCCUGCUUUGA